AUGGUGGAACACCUGUUGGCACGUGGCAAGUGAGCUCACAAUUUCCUUAGAGUUUCACCGAUUUCACGGGGAAUAUAGGACCGAUCGUAAGUGGACAAAUCUGGGCGUACAGGGACGGAUCUGAAGUUCAACCACAAACGACAAACGAUAUUACAACAGUUGUGCAGACAAAAACUACAUAGGGAAACGUCACGACAAGUUUCACACCGGUGGGAGACCACUUAGACGCCAAGAUUGCCGAUAUUCAUACCCUACUGUGUUCGUAACUAAAAAUGGAGACACAAAAUGACAAGAGUAAAACUAGAGAAAGUAGGAAGAAACGAAGCUCAUCAUCCUUCGAGGACGAUGCUGGACAUGAAGCAAAUGUGAAACGUAAGAAACCGUGUCAGUGUCAGCAGUGCGAUUUUUCCUCACUUCGAAUGUGGCAUCUAGAACAACACAUCCGCGUCAAACACACCGGUGAGAAACCGUUUCGUUGUGACCGCUGUGACUAUUCCACGGGAAACAAGUACGCUCUGACCAAGCAUGUAAAGGUAAAGCAUCGCGGUGAGAAACCGUUUCGCUGCGAUCUGUGUGAAUACGCCACCUCAGAGAAGGCUAACUUGAAAUCGCACAUCAUGGCAAAACACAGCGACUACAGGCCUUACUCCUGCACGCAAUGCGACUACACCACGACAACGAAAAGGAGUUUGAAAUUCCACAUGAACUCUCACACAGGCAAGAAGCCGUACAAGUGUGAGGUGUGUGAAUAUUCCGCUAAUCAUAAGAAUCACUUGGAGCGGCAAAUGACUACACAUACCGGUGAGAAGCCCUACAAAUGUGAAGUCUGCGGUUAUGCGGCUUCCCAGUUGGCGUAUCUAAAGACUCACAUGGCCUCGCAUACUGGAGACAAACCUUACAAAUGUAAGGUUUGUGACUAUUCUACAUCACUCAUGUCUAGUCUUAAUCUCCACAUGGCCAACCACACAGGCGAGAAACGUUACAAGUGUGAACUGUGUGAUUUUUCAACAGUGCGGAUGUCUAAUUUGAAGCGGCACAUAGCCACGCAUAGUGGUGAGAAACCUUAUAAAUGCAAACUUUGCGACUACGCCGGGGUAUUGCCGAAUGAUUUGAAACGGCACAUGGUUGUGCAUAGUAGCGAGAAGCCAUACAAGUGUGAACUUUGUGACUAUACCGCCGCGCGAUUCUAUCAUUUGAAACAACACGAGGCCAGACAUACUAGAAAGAAAAAAUACAAAUGUGACCAGUGUAAUUAUUCAGGUGCAGUGAAGGCAGAUCUAAAACAGCACAUGAUAGUACAUAGUAACGAGAGGCCGUUUAAGUGCGGUCUAUGUGACUAUGCAGGCGCUCGACUGUCCGAUGUGAACAUACACAUGGCGACACACACUGGAGAGAAACCGCACAAGUGUCAGUUUUGUGAUUACGCUACGGCACAUGUGUCUCAUCUGACUCAACAUGCGCGCAUCCAUGACACAAGCGACAAGCCGCACAAAUGUGAACACUGUGACUACCGUACGCUGAGAAAGGCUCAUUUGCGACGGCACAUCGCGGCAAAACACACCAGGAAAAAACCGCACAAAUGUGACUCCUGUGACUAUUCUGCAGCCACCAAGUCAGCUUUGAAAGAACACAAGGCCACGCAUGAUGCUGGCGAGAAAAAGUACCGGUGUGAACUGUGUGAGUAUUCUUCUCGGCGCCUGGGUCACUUGAAGGACCACAUAGCUACACACACGGGCGAGAAACCGUUCAAAUGUGAGGAAUGUGGCUACGUUGCGACGCAGAUGACUCACUUAAGGAAGCACAUCGGCACUAAACACACGCCACUGGAUGAGCAAUCAUCAUCAUCAUCGUCGUCGUCAUCCUCC